UUUUAUCAAGGUACACGUCAGUGUACAAUUAAUAAUAUUGAGUACAAAUAACAUAUUGUUAUUACAAGCGAACUGUUUACCAUGAUGGCGGUUAAUAUUGUUCUAUUUUUAUCGUUAUGUGUUGUUGUAAAAGGAAAUCUGAUUGUAGAUACCAGUUCCGGCAAAGUUGAGGGCGUGGAAGUGCCCUCUAUUAUUAAAAAUGAGAAAUAUUACUCGUUUAUGGGCAUCCCGUAUGCUCAACCGCCGAUCGGUGAAUUAAGGUUUAUGCCUCCAAUACCCCAUCAAGGUUGGAGUAAUGUAUUAAACGCGAAAAAAGAAUCAAAAGCGUGCUCCCAAUUUUACUUGCCUUCGAGGACCAUAGAAGAUUAUGGAUUUUACGGUGAUGAAGACUGCCUACGACUCGGCAUACAUACCCCGAAGGUGCCAGUCAAAGAUGAAUUAAGUUUUCCAGUUAUCGUAUUCUUUUACAAUGAGUAUUUCAGAUUAUCCUUCAACGGUUCUAGAGAAUAUGGUCCAGAUUUCUUUAUGAAAGAAGACGUAAUGAUAGUGAAUAUCAACUAUAGAGUUGGACCUAUGGGAUUCAUCAGCUACGAAGAUGACUUACUGCCUGGCAACAAUGGCAUCAAAGAUGUAAUUCUAGCAUUGAAAUGGCUACAACAGAACAUCCAUAAAUUUGGCGGAGAUCCUUACAAGGUCACUUUAAUGGGCAACGAAGGCGGUGGAGUACUCGUUGACAUUCUUUUACAAUCACCGAAAGCCAAGGGGCUGUUCAGCGCAGUGAUUAUGCAGAGCGGAACAACAUGGCAGUCCAUGUACUUCAAUGGUAAACCUCGCGACAAAGCUCUAGCGCUCGCCAAGGAAUUAGAAAAACAUGUCAGUACAAGUGCACAACUCAUAAAGGAAUUCUCUGAAUUUUCUGCGCAGAAAAUUAGUGAAUCUGAGUUACAUUCAAUUCCCACUGACGAUUCGCGACAUGCUCAAGUGGGUAUACUUGGAAACAGCCCGGUGAUAGAACACGACCAUCCUGAUGCCAUAAUUAACCAGCUUCCAGAAGACUCGCAUAUUAAAAUCGAUAUACCAAUAAUGAUCGGGUACAAUUCUAAUGAAGGUCUUGAGAAAUGUGAGCGAUUCUUACGAAAGCCUCAGUACCUGACGUUCGCCGACAGAGAUUUCUUGAUGAUGUUCCCUAUACGAGUCCAUUAUCAUUUCGAAAUAAACACUAACGUUUAUUGGGAUGCUGUACAAGAAGUUAAAGACUUCUACUUCGAGGAAGGCUACGUAAAGAUAAGCAAGCCUGGUGAAUAUAUGAUGUACCACGGGGAUGCCUCGGCCAUUUAUCCGAUUGACUACACAGUAAGGAAAUAUUUGAAUAUAUCGUCUGCGCCGAUUUAUUACUAUGCUUUUGACUAUAGUGGAGAAUUAAAUAUGAGGAAGAAUUUGGCGAUGGAAGAAGCACUUACGGUGGAAGGGACGUGGGGCGCUACCACUGGUGACGAGCUCUGCUAUUUGUUCGUUUGCAAUAAAAUUAAGAAAGCGUACAUAAAAGCUAUGGAAGAUGAAGAUUCUGAAGAGAUGAAAGUGUUGAAGAACAUGGUCCGUAUGUGGACUAAUUUUGCUAAAACUGGAAAUCCAACACCACCUGGCGGAGAUCUGACAUGGAAGCCAGCAACCAAGGAGAAUAAGGAUUGCUUGGUGAUAAGUGACGAGCUCAACAUGAAGACCAACCUUCACGAGAAGAGGAUUAAGUUCUGGGACGAUUUCAUAGCCAAGUACAGAGACAUGGCUGAGGACGGUGUCAUCAAGGGCGUUAAAGACGAACUAUAAUUAUAAAAUAUACUUUUUAAUUAUA